UUCUGGAAAUUGUGCGAUUUGCAUCAUGCAUGCUGGGCCAGCUGGUUCGAUAUUUGAAUAAGUACUUGUUUUCUGAUUGUAAUCGAAUAAUUUGUACAUGUGGUGGGUUAGUCUUGUGGACGAGCCAGUAUGUAUUGUUAGUGAUGGUUAACUGCUGGAUGGAGCGCAGUGUGUAGGAGCGGACAGGCAGCUGCUGAAACGGUGCUGACAGGUCUUGGCUGUGGCGACCCAGAAUUGCAGACUGCGUUGGCUUCUGUCCGCGGUUGUCCCUGCUGCGCGUGUUGAUGGUUGGCUCGCCAGGAGCGCAGUGCAGCAGGCCAUAUUGCAUUGAGAGUGCGCGCGGAGAUCGCUGAAUUCUUCAUCUUCCCCUGCCCUUGUGUCCCGGGCCAAGAUGAGCCAGCCCCCCAACCACCCCUUGCACCCCCUGCACCCCCGCCCCGGCAACGCAGGACGCGGGCCUUCCGGCAGUCCCUCCUCCCAGCCGCAGCCGCGCUCCCCCUUCGGCCCGCAGCAGCCCUUCCACCAGCAACAGCAACAGCGCUAUGAGCGCGCCCCCGGCCAGGGGCCGCCCCUGCCGCGGCCCCCCCAACGUCAACGUCCUCCCGGGGACGGCGCAUCUGUGCUACGAGCUGGACAAGAAGCUCCUUGUCUGGCUGCGCGACGGCCGCACCUUCCUUGGCUGCCUCAAAAGUGUGGACCAGUUUGGGAAUUUGGUCCUGUCGGACACCAUCGAGCGCAUCUACGUCGGCCUGGAGUACGGCGACAUCCAGCGCGGAAUCUUCAUCUUGCGCGGGGAGAACGUGAUCCUGGUGGGGGAGUGGGACGCGGAGCGGGAGCGGGCGGCGGGCACGCGCUGCUGCGAGAUCGGCUACAUCCUGGCCAAGCAGGCCGCCGAGGAGGAGCAGCGCCACCAGCAGCGCGCCGCCCUCAAGAAGGCGCUGCGCCAGCGCGGCCUCUCGGCCCUCAACGACGAGUCCGGCCUCGGCGACGACCACUUCUGACCGUGCUGGCAUUCUCCUCGUCCGGCCUUUUCCCCAGACCAGCCGCUGCUUUUUUUCUCCUUUUCCUUAAGAUGCCCGUUCAGCUGUCGACAGCGUCGAGUCUCUCUGUGUUUGCUCGUUUGUCUCCAUCAUGCGCAUGUGCAGUUUGACCAUUUGUACAACUACGUUGAAUCGUUUUAUAGCUACAUUCACAAUAAUAACUGCUGUAUGGCUAUGCAAGUACUGUAUGUUCACGUUUAAACUGGUAAUAAAGCAUUUAUCGAA